GGGGGAGAUGAAGAGGGAGGAAGAGAAAGAGACGAGCUCUAACGUGCGCUCGUGCGUCAGUCCGCCGGUACUGACAGCCUUUUCUUACCCCCCCGGCACGUGGACUAUUUGCCUUGUGUUUUUGGAGUAUAACGAUGGCACAUUUUAAAGCGAAGGGGAGACACACUGGGAAGACUCCCGGAGCAGAGUGAGAGGAGACGGCAGCAGUUUCUCCCCCCUCAUCGCUGCUGCCUCUGCAGGCAUUUCUUCUUCCUGAGGAGGAGAAUGGGGGCCGGAGCUCUGACCAUCUGUCACAACAAGACAGCGGUUCAGAUUAAAGAAGACAUGAAGAAGAUGGUCAGGACGCCGGCACUGCGACCGCUGGCAGCGACGGCCGCGUACACCCGGCUGUUUGGAGUGUCCCUGUUUGAGCUGCGGGAGAAGGGUCUGCUGGAGGAUGGUGUGCCUCUGGUGUUGAGGAGGAUGGUUGAGCACAUCCGCGAGCAUGCUUUGCAUCAGGAGGGUCUGUUCAGGGUGAACGGGAACGUGCGUGCCGUGGAAACCCUGAAGCAGCGUCUGGAGAGCGGCGAGGACGUGGACCUUCUCGCUGAGUCUGAUUCAUCUACGGUGGCCAGCUUGCUCAAACGGUACCUGAGGGACCUGCCAAUGGGUCUGGUAGACCCGACCGUCCAACAGGCGCUGAUACAGCAUUACCAAGAGUGCGGCGAUGAUGUAUCUUCGUCAGAUAUGAGAGACCUGCUCCAGCAGCUUCCAGAUGUUCACCUCAGCCUGCUGCGGUACCUCUGCCACUUCCUCACCCUCGUGGAUCGCAACCACAAAGAAAACCGCAUGACGGCCCUCAACCUCGCCACUGUGUUUGGACCCAGCGUCUUCCACGUGGGCCCUGGAUUAGAAGCAAUGAGGGACCAGAAUAUCUGUAACAAGAUUAUGGUCAAGUUCAUCCAGAACUACAGCCAUCUGUUUGAGAUCGCCGGAGACACCGAAGGCCGCGCGGACAAACCGUCAACCUUUGUCACUCUCAAGGAGGUCAAUAUGACCGAUGCAGACACAAUGAAGUCACCCGGUGACCUCGACGCAAACCCACCGACACCGGCUCCCAGGACGAAGAAGGGACAAAAGAACCCACCGCAAAAUGCAGAAGUUCUGAACAAAUCCUCCACUAAUGCUCCGAAGGCAAGGCCGAGGAAAAACAAGGUGAAGAAAGGGUCGAGCGGCCGCAUGGCUGCAGUCACCCCUGACCCCGGCCACUCGGCUUGGUCGCCCAACGCGAGGUCCCUCUCCAUACCAAUCAUUUUACCGCUGACCUCGGCGCUGAGAAGCCCCGGUCCGGAGCCAAUGGAGACGGCUCGCCAACAAGCCCCAGACACACUCGGCCACCUCGACGCCAACCCCUCCGGCGACGCGGAGGCCGUCAGCAGUACCCUCCUCUCUCCUGCCCACUUCAGACCAGAUGUAGGAAAUUUCCUGGACAGGACGAUCCGUUCGGCGGUGGUGCAGCACCUCUUCGAUGGAAACCCUUCAGGGGAUCAAAGCUCAGAGGACUGCGAGUCAACCCCACGUCCAGCACCUCCGAGGCCAUCUGCCCGACAGAGACGUCGGCACCACAGGGAGCAACAGGAGGAGGGGCUGAGACUCAAGGGAAGGAACCGCAGGACCGCGUCCGACCGAGCCGACACCAACAAGGAGAACAUCCCCCUGAGCAGUGGGAGCAGUGGGAGCAGUGGGAGCGGAGCAGGGGAGGACACGGGCAGCAGCGUGGACUCGCGGGGAGGCCAGAGUGGCACUCACACGGAAUGUGUUUGUGAGAGACCCGAAGCAAACCACAUGGAGAGAUCCGACAGAGAGAAUAAAAUUUCCAGAAAACGCGCGAUUCCUUUUCGUCAACAGACGCUCAGGAUGAAGAUCCAGGAGUCGCCCGUCGCGUGCGACGCGGGGAGGGUCGGCGGCGGCGGAGAGGCGCGAGGCUCGGACCAGGAGCGCGAGGAGGUGCCUCGCCUGGACCUGACGGCGCUCACCGAGGAAAACAACUGGGGAGAUUCUCCGUUCUUUAACGCCCCCUUUCUUGAUUUCAAAACCAUUUUUCAUCCAAGUUGUUGUGAUGAGCCGGUCCCAGCGUGCCCGCAAAUGCAGAGGGAGAGCAUGGACCGCGAGGAGGCCCGCCUGUCCCCUCACGCCGGGGGGCGUCUGAUCCGCCAGCUGGUGGAGGAGGACAGCGACCCGAUGCUGUCGCCACGUUUCUACGGCUACGGACAGUGCCAGCAGUACCUGGACGACACCGAAGUGCCUCCCUCGCCUCCAAACGCACACUCGUUUGUCAGUCGCAGGAGGAGCUCGUCCCUCGGCUCCUGCGACGACGACCGAGAGGAGCUGACGUCCGCUCAGCUCACAAAGAGGAUCCACGUGCUGAGGAAGAAGAUCCACCGGUUUGAGGAGAGGUUUGAAGAGGAGCGUAAAUACAGGCCCUCCCACUGUGAUAAAGCUGAAAACCCAGAGGUGCUGAGAUGGGUUAAUGAGCUGGCUAAGCUUCGCAAAGAGCUAAAAGAAAGCAAGCUGAUGAAGUCGGAGGAAGACCUGCCGCCUCUGACCCGCCAGCGCAGCAACACGCUGCCCAAAAGCUUCGGCUCGCAGCUGGAGAAGAAACCCCCGCAGGAGAAAGCGCCGAAGCCUCCGGUGGAAAGCAGCCUGGAGACGAUCCUGAAGAAGCUGCAGGAGAAGAGAGAGGACGUUAACCGUCCAGAAGACAUCAAGGACAUGACACGGGAGCAGAUCGGAGCGGAGAAGGUCGCGCUGCAGAAGGCUCUUCUCUACUACGAGAGCAUACACGGUCGACCAGUCACCAAGAGCGAGAGGCAAAUCAUGAAGCCGCUGUACGACCGGUAUCGUCUGGUGAAGCAGAUCCUGUGCAGAGCCUCCACCAUCCCCGUCAUUGGCUCUCCGUCCAGCAAGCGCAGAGGGCCCCUCCUUCAGCCAAUUAUCGAGGGCGAAACCGCACUCUUCUUCGAUGACAUCAAGGAGGAGGAGGACGGCUCGGAGGACGACGGAGACUCAAAGACGCAGUUCAGCGUGACGGCCCCGCCGGACGCCAGCGUGCUGGGCUUCCUGGACCACGCGGAGGAGGAAGCGGACGGGUUUAUUUCACCCGUGGACGAACUAUCGCCCUCUAAGCACAUGACGGACAUGAGGCUGUCCAACCUGCACGCCGCCACCGCGGAGGAACUUGUGGAGCAACUUCAAGAGACCCGAGAGGAGAAGAAGAGACUUCGCAAGAACCUGAAAGAGUUUGAGGAACAAUUCUUUAGACAAAAUGGAAGAAAUGUGCAGAAGGAGGACCGCUCCCCCUUGGCAGUGGAGUACAACGAAUACAAGCACGUAAAAGCCAAACUGCGGCUGCUGGAAGUUCUCAUCAGCAAAAGAGAGUCUACGAAAUUAACCUGAGACGACGACAGCAACAACAAAAAGAGACCAUUAAAUGACUUCAGAGGGACAAAUGUAUCCCACCAGGUUUGAGAAAAAUGGCUGAUUUUCAUCACAGAGGACAUCUGUGUCCGCUGGUGUUUCUGGCCGAGGGGAAACCGUUGACCCGCUGGGUUUUUCGGUGGGGAGUCGCCGACUCUUGACGGCGUCACAGUCACCUCAGCAUUUUCCUUUCAACAAACACCUCUCCUUCCCAAGAGGACGUUCCAUGAGACGCACUCAAACAUAAUGAAUUAGUUUUAUUGCUAAUAAUUUAUUUCUAUAUUUUUGAAAUGUUUUUAUUGUAAAACAAAUGUUAUUUUUCUGACGCUUUGCUGUAGAAGUCUUAAAGAAAAUCGUUGUAAGUAAAAUACUAGAUAUGAAAUGUAUUGCUGUUUGGAAAGAAGGAUUUUUGACAUCUGUGUAUUUUUGUAAGGGAGACUUUACCAUUUGUAUAACUUUAAUCAGCGUAUUCAGUUAAUGAAUAGCUUUCUCUUUUCCUGUUUUGACCGUCAUAUAAUAUCCAAAACAAACCCUUGCUUCUUCUCUUGAAGUUAUUGUUCAAGUGGUUUCUAUCGAUAAUACAACCCAAAGACUCCGAAUACAAACUACUAACCAAAAUAGCUCAAUCUCAAUAAAACAACUAUUUUUACUGACAAAUUAUUUUUGUGAUCACUGGUACUUUUAACUGUAUAUCUUCUGCAUUGACACCCCCCUCCUCCCCCCCAUUUACUUCCUAUCAAAUAAGCUAUUUCUUCUUGAAAUCUGUUGUGUCUUUGCUCACAUUCAUAGACGUAGACAAACGUUUGUGAGGCGACUGGAGGAAAGCAGAUUUUUUUUUGUUUUUUUUCUUCUCAUCCUCCUUAGCGAUUGUUUGCUUCUUUUGUAAAUAUUGAUCACUUUUGUAUGUUUACUUUCUGUGAGCGAGUACAUUUUCCCUUUCUUUCUCCGAAAUGGAUGAUUUUAUCAGUGUGAAUUUUGUUUUUACUGAAUGUAAACACUGGCAAGGCUUAAUGAAUUUUAAGUGUGUACAUUUUAGUACAUAAAUUGUAUUUGUAUUUUGUAUAUAAUAUGAAUGAAAUCAUAUUUUUAAGAGUUCUCAGCUGUGUGGCCUUCCUCCGUGUAUCUGUUUUCACCUCAGUUUGAGGUGAAACAAAGAAUGUUUGCCGUAUUUAACUAUUUUUGGCUGGACAAAUAGAUAACUUUAAUUGA